AUGGAAGAAAGCGCCUACUCAGACGUUCUGAACCUGCGCAGGAGGCAGCGGCGCUGCAGGCCGGGGACGCUGAUCGCGCUGCUGGGGCUGGUGUUGUUGGCGCUGUGGGCAGGGCUGCUGACCCUGCUUCUCCUGUGGCACUGGAACACUGAACGGGAUCUGAAACAGCUGGGAGACACCACUGCCCUGAACAUCUCUCAGGUUUCCAAACACUUGGAAAGACACAAGGGUGACCAGAUGGCCCAGAAAUCCCAGGCCUCCCAGGUGCUGCAGACCAUGGAGGAAAUCCAAGCAGAACAGAAGAGAAUGAAAACUCAGGACUCGGAGCUCUCCCAGGACCUGGACGGACUUCGAGAGGCCCUGAGCAACCUCAAGUCCCAGGGCUUGAAUGAGAGACGUGCAGCCUUGACUUCGCUGGAAAGGCUCCAGGAGGAGGUGUCAAAGCUAUGGAUGGAGCUUCGCGUGUCCAACGCCCGGGACCCAAGAGUGACUCCAGGAGAGAUGCUGCCGCCCACUGUGCCCCCGGUGCCCACCGUGAUGUCCACCACUGCGCCCACCACAGCCCCAGCCCCGGCGCCCGCCCUGGCGCCCGCCACAGCCCCAGCCCCGGCGCCCGCCCUGGCGUCCGCCACGGCCCCAGCCAUGGUCCUCUCCUCCACUCCAGGCUCCAUGUGUGACAUGUGCCCUGAGAGGUGGGUCAGUUUCCAACGGAAGUGCUACUACUUCGGGGAGGGUGCCAAGAAGUGGAUCCAGGCGCGGUUCGCCUGCAGCAAACUCCAAGGGCGGCUGGUCAGCAUCCACAGCCAGGAGGAGCAGGACUUCCUGGCCAAACACGUCAACAAGAAGGGCUCCUGGAUCGGCCUUCGGGAUCUGAACAUAGAGGGGGAGUUUGUCUGGAUGGACGGGAGCCCCCUGGAGUACAGCAACUGGCGCCCAGGGGAGCCUAACAACGGGGGCCAGGGCGAGGACUGCGUGAUGAUGCUGGGCUCGGGGCAGUGGAACGACGCCUUCUGCAGCAGCCCCCUGGGGGGCUGGGUGUGCGACCGGCUGGCCACGUGCUGACUGCCCCUCCCGCCUCGGUCCCCCAGACACAGGCCCUGACAGCCCCCGACCUGCCCUCCAGAUGCUCCCUCUUUGGGAUCCCCCGCCUCGAACACGGGACCAGUCAGCCCAGAGUGGGUUGCCGAGGCCCCCAACCAAGGCCUGGGUGCCUCUUCUAUGGCCGAA